AUGAGUCCACGGCGAGACGCAGGGCUGCUCCGCUGCGUGGGACUCACCGCGCUCCUCCUGUGCACAGUGGUGGAUUGCAACGUGAUCCAGGAGGGCCUGCAGAGGUACGGCCCCUCACCAAUCUAUCUGCCUGUCAGCUACCGGAUCCUCAAUGCCGAGUCAGCGUUCUUCCUGCAGGAGGUAAACCAGGACUUAAUGAGGAACUCCAGCCUGCAGGCUCGCACCGAGUCCUUCUUCAUCCACCAGGCCCGGCAGAUGCCCUUUGUCAAUGCAAGCUAUGGGCCCUUGUCUGUUCAGCAGCCUGUCCCCCUGGAGCUGCUCCAGACCCUGCCAGGGCCGUUUAACACACCCUCCUUCACUACAUCAUCAGUGCCAACAUCAGCAUCAUCGUCACCUCUCUUUACAUUCAACUGGAAGGUCCACACCUAUAUUAUCAGUGAGAGGAUUCACCCCAGUUGGCCAAAGGUUCAAGUGUUGUUCUACAUUGCAGGGAGAGACUGGGAUGAUUACACCGCCAUUCACAAGCUGCCCUGCGUGCGGAUGUUCGCCUUCCACGAGACUCAAGAGGUGCGUGGGACAUGCAGGCUAAAAGGGGAGCUGGGCAUAUGUGUUGCCGAGCUGGAGCCCCUCGCCAGCUGGUUCAGCCUGCCCACCGUCAGGCCGGGUAGGCAGAGAGUCUCUGAGCAGGCCCAGGGCACUCCUGUGGAGCUCUACUACAUGGUUCAAACCACGGACAGUGGAGACUGCAGCUCAGAGGAUUCAAGAAAGGGCAGCUCCAUUCGCCCUGACCAGCAGAGGCCAAUGGGCUAUUUUGCAGGGCAUACACCAAUGCAGCGCAUUGGGAGCGUCAGGCUGUUUCAGCCGCUGUCGGAGCUGAAACUGGACAAUAAUUUUGUGGUGAUGGCGCCCUCCAAGCCCAUCCGACAGAGAGAAACAGUCUCUACAUUUCUGGCUCUUUCCACGCUUUCUUCAGUGCCAAUUUUCACCCUCAGGGUCAAGCUGAAAGACGGCGUGGCGUUCCUGGGAGCUAGAGCCAGUAACCCUGUUGUGUGGACGGUGAGUCAGGAUGUCAGAAGUGAAGGUCACAGGGUUGUCACCCUCCACUGUCGGAGGAAGGAGAACAGUUUUAGUCAAAGGGCGGAGGGAGCAGGCUACCAGCGAGUGCUGCAAGUUGACCUGGAGGUUAACGGGUUGAUGGUGACUCAGGGGGGAAGGGAGGUGACGUGGCAGGUGGAGUAUCCGCUCACCCGCACCCUGACCAGUGAGGUGCCGACUCUCAUCCGCCUGGCGCCGCAGGACUUGGGUGGCAUCGUGCCUCUAGCUAUGGACAAUGAGAUCCUCAACACAGCUGUCCUCAAUGGGCGAACAGUCGCUGUACCAGUAAAGGUGGUCACCGUAGGUACAGACGGAGCGGUCUCUGAUGUAACAGAGUCAGUGGAGUGCAAGUCAACAGAUGAACAGGUUAUUAAGGUGUCAAAGCGAUGUGACUACGUGUAUGUCAACGGGAAGGAGACAAGAGGAAAGAGCAAAGUGAUGCUCAACUUUACCUACAGUUUUCUGAGCGCCCAGCUGGAAAUGAGUGUAUGGAUGCCCCGCCUGCCCUUGUACAUCGAUGUGGCCGACCCCGAGCUCAGCCAGAUAAAGGGCUGGAGGGUCCCUGUUAGUGCGGGCAACAGAAGGUAUGAGAGGGUCACUGACUACAAGGAUGAAGACGAUGCAGCUGAGGAGAGGACAGAAAGUGGCUGCGUUGCCCAGUAUCAGAGCACCACCCUGCGUGUCCUCACACACUUUGUGGCAGAUACGGGGGAAGUUAGAGGAGCCGUGGAGGAGGAUGGGCUGGGCCAGCAAAACUUUCUGCUCGGAAGCGACUGGCAGGUGGAGGUGACACAGCUGGUCAAGGAUUCUCUGAGGGUGGAGGUCCCGAGGGUUGCACAACUGAUGGAGGGCCAAAUCUUAAUAGGGAUGAGCGCCGGAAUCACCAAAAUACAGGUGCUGUCCCCUCUGACUCCAUCAGUCCUGGCUGAGAGGAGCAUCAGAGUGGUGGAUGAUAAAGUGAGUGUGACAGAGCUGGGGGUGCAGUUGGUUUCUGGACUCUCUCUGUCACUGCAGCUCAGCCCAGGGAGCAACAGGGCCAUCGUUGCCACUGCAACCACACAGGAAGUUACUGAAUCCCUCAAACAGGAGUCCCUCAUCAGUGCUUGGCUCCAGUUCAGUGAUGGAUCCAUGUCUGCUCUAGAUAACUACAACCCUGCCCAUUUUACCCUGACAGCCACCUCUUUAGAUGAACAGGUGGUGGCAGUGCAGCAUAGUGCAGCCUGGAAGUGGCCUGUCAUUGUUGCCAAGGGGGAAGGCCAGGGUUUGCUUGUGCGCGUUGAAAUGAGCCAAUCUGAGGUGUGCCAGAGGGGAAAACGGCGUACUGUCUUAGCCACUGGAAUGGCAAACAUACAGACAAGGUUUGGUCAGCCAGAGGAGCAAUACAAACAACCGGGAGAUCGACGAACACGUCCUGAUCCUCCAUAUUAUGGCGGAUCCAUCGCAGACAUGGAAACUGGGUUGAUCAACCGUGGAGCGACUACCAUCAGGGGCCACGUCCCAGUAAGGCCUAAUGGGGGCCGUCUAUCAGCGGACAGCGGGGCAAGGGUUCCAAAUGAAUUCUCUGAAUAUCCAGACCAGGCAGAGCUGCCUCGUAGCCGCAGCACUGAUGACGACUUGUUACCAUCCAAGCGAGGUCUAACAGACCUGGAGAUUGGUAUGUACGCCCUGCUGGGAGUCUUCUGCCUGGCCAUCCUGGUUUUUCUCAUUAACUGCAUCUCGUAUGCAUAUAAGUACCGUAGCAAACAACUGUCCUUGGAGGCCCCAGAAGCAAUGCCCCAUGCCCAUGACUGGGUUUGGCUGGGCCAAGACGAAGGGUUAUGUCUGCAGCAGCAGCAACAAGACGAGCUGAGCGGUACCCUAGAGGAGGGUAGUCAACUUUUAAAUGGAGGCAUCCAGCGUGGUAAUACUGGUGUGGGAGGCUGUGGUUCGAGCGGGAGGAAUGAGUCGCUUAACUCACCCACCACCAAGAGAAAGAGGGUGAAGUUCACCACCUUUUCCAAUGUCAAGUCUAGUAAUGGAUGUCCUGUGCUCAGUCCAUUAGCACUAGUGCAGACCAGUGAGAUAAAAUGGGUAUGUCCGGACAUCGAGCUUGGGGACUCAAAGGAUCUUAGGAACUACAUGGAAAAGCUUAAUGAGAAUGCAAUUAAGAACAUUGCAUAG